AUGGCAACCAUUUUCUUCGAAGCUCCCGAGGACCAGGUGUCGAAUUUUGUACCUCGACCAUCUUUACACAAACAACUCGAAAACGCUUUCAGACCAAAGCCACUGUCCAAGUCGUCGCAACCACGUAUUGCCGUUGUGCACGGACAGCCGGGAACAGGAAAGUCACAACUGGUGGCAAAUUAUCUUGAAGAGGCCCGGGACCGCUAUUCCGGGGUAUUUUGGCUCGACGCUCGAAGAAGAGAUACUAUCGACGAGCACUUCCGUCGGCUGGAUUGUCUCCUUUCAGACGGAGACAAACCCAAGAACCAAGUUAUCGCCAAUUUGGAGGAGCUAGUCAACUCGGCCUGUGACUGGUUUGAUCAGCGCUCAGACAAGAAGUUCCUUCUGGUUUACGAUGGUGCAGAUAAUCUUGGAAAUGGAGAUCGCUCAUCUACUGUUGAUCUCAACGCCCUCAUGCCACAAUGUCGAAACCUGGACAUUCUUAUUACCAGCAGGGAUUCGGCGGUAGCCAAACUUGGUUCUACUGUGAUUCUGAUGAAAGACAUGGAGAAGGCGGAGGCUAUUGAGCUUUUGCUCCGGAACUCGGGCUUGAAUCAGUCUGCGGCGUCUCAAAAACAGCUACAAGACACUCGAGUUAUAGUAGAGAUCCUUGGGUAUUCGCCUUUGCUGGUCGCUCUCGCCGGCUCAUAUAUCGCUCAGAAUCCCCAGAUUCAAUCUCACCUUACGGAAUAUCUUCCCGAGUUUCGACGCAAUCGCAAAAAGGUUGUCCGGGACUACCGUGGUCUUAUACCAAAAUUUCCGGCGGCCUCUCUCGCGACUUUGGAAACUUCUCUCGAGCUGGCGGCCGAGAAAUCUCCUCUAGCCGUCCCAAUGCUUACAUUCCUCAGUUUUCUGAACCCGAGGGACAUCUCUUCGCACCUGUUUGAAGAUGGUACACAUGUCCAUUUGUCUACCUUUGCUGAAGCUUUAGAUUCAGCCAGCCAUGAGGGCCCAGCAGACUCUUCGUCUUCCACCGAAGAUGACAUUGUAGAAGGCGAUCCGAACUCAACAGAGGACAACCAGGAAUCCGCAUGGGAUUUACCGAUCGUUGCCAUAUCCGAUCAGGAACGAUCGGAUAUCCAACACGCCUUCUCGGUGCUUGAGUCGCUGUCCUUCCUUCGACGGUCGGCCCAAGGGUCGCGCUUCUGUAUGGAUAAUCUUAUCUACUCAUGGAACCAAGAACGUUUGUCUCAGGAUGAAAAGGCUUUAGCCAUCAAAGUUACCUCGGAGUUUCUGAUGGACAAAAUUAGGCGAACUUCUGAAGCAUCGACAUCAGAAAAACACUACCUAGGCUCUCAAAUGAUGGCAAGUUUUGACAACAUCGCCCGGCUGCGUGAGGAUCUCACAGAUCCAGAACUCCAGAGUAUGUUAGUUUCAGCUGUUGAUACCUUCGCCAACCAUUUAUGCGAGAUUGGCCGAGGAUCGGACGAAAUUUCCAUGCGACAACUAUGCUACGAUAUGUCUGAACAGCUUUAUGGAACAGAUCAUAUGGAAACGCUAGCAGUUAAGCGAUAUUUGGCCAAAGCAUUCUGGGCAGCAGGAGACCUAGCUCAAGCGGCAACAUUAGAGAGAGAGGUGCUCGAAAAGAUGACGGCGAUCCUGGGGAACGAAGAUACCCGGACCCUGGAAGUCAUUAAUGACCUUGCACUUUGUCUUCAGGCUCUCGGGGAUCCAAAAGGUGCUGCUGCUUUGUUGAGAGAGCUGCUAGAAAGAAGGACGAAGAUCCAUGGAAACAGUCACCCUGACACCCUACAGGCGAUGAACAAUCUGGCCAGUAUAUUGAUUGAUGCCGGAGCACUACCGGAAGCAGUCGCAAUAGCAACGCAGGCGUUGGACCUGAGGAAGCAGGUUCUCGGAGAAGAGCAUCUCGAUACCCUGACAACCAUGAGCAACUUAGCAGGAAUACAUCGCGCUCUUAAGGAAUUCGAUCAGGCCGCAACUAUGUACAGGCAGGUUUUGUUGAAAAGAAAGCAGAUUCUCGGUAGCGAGAAUCCGGCAACUCUGACCGCAAUGAACAACCUAGCGGCUAUCCUGAUGGGGACAGGCGAAGUAGAAGAAGCAGUGAACUUACAGCUGGAGGUAUUGGAGAUGAGAAAGAAGACUCAGGGGAACGAUCACCCGGACACUCUCAAGGCAGUGGUGAACCUGGCAAGUUCACUCUAUGCUAUGGAAGAACUGGACGCGGCGGCCGCUCUACAGCAGGACGUCCUGAACAAGAGGAGACAGAUUCUAGGCGACACACACCCGGACACCCUAAGACUCAUGGGGAACCUGGCAAACACGCUCUUUGCGCAGGGAUACCACGACCAGGCCAUCGACCUCCUCACAGAAUCGGUCGAGCAGUCAAAAAUCACACUGGGGGACGAUCACUUCGAAACCAUCCAAAGCAUGGAGAAUUUGAAGGCGAUGCAGGAUGAGCACACUCUGCCGCUGAAAGACAUUACCAAUCUAAUGCGCUAG